UAAAUCUGACCGUCAAAAUCUCCGAGCUAAAAAGAAUAUAAGAAAAGGAAAAUCGCAAACUCAGAGUUGAAAUUUAGACUUGAAAGCCAAAACCUUCUCUUUGAUCAGCAUCUACUGUGAAGGCCCGAGAGAUGCAGAAAUUGGGUGAUUUCAAGCUUCCACACUUUUUCAAUUACCCUCCAUACUUCACUUUGCAGCCGGUGAAGGAGACUCGUGAGAAACAGAUACAACUUUGGAAGGAACUGAUUCUGGAUUACUGCAGGACUCAGAAGAUAUUUGUAAUUAAGCUUGAGGAAGAAUUUCCUCUCUUCUCAAAUUCUGUGAUAGAACGCACUCUCAGCCACGAAGCCAGGGAAGCAUUCCUCUCGGCCUUGGUUGCAGAAGGACGCUCAGAAUGGUUGGAUAAAGGACGUAGGAGUUGCCUUAUCCUUUGGCACCGAAUUCAAGAUUGGGCUGACAUUAUUGUGAAUUUUGUGAAAGAUAAUGGCUUUGAGGACAGUGUUAUGACUGUUGAGGAAAUACGAUCAGGGAUUGAAUCACGAGGGACAGAGCUUCAUGGGAUAGACCGAACGAUUCUAAUGCGGGCUUUGAAAUUACUGGAACAGAAGGGGAAGCUUGCAAUUUUUAAGGGAACUUCAACUGAUGAUGAAGGCAUAAAAUUCUCUGUAUAAUGAUUCAUUCAAUUGGCGUUCAGGGGCAAGGCAACCUAU